UAUUAAAAAAUAAAAGCAUUUGAGUGUACAGUAUGUUGUUCAAACCAUUUGGAUAAAAAUAUAUUACAAAUGAAAUACAGUAACAUUAGCAUAAUGAAAAUGUGGUGAUUUCAAUAUUUGAAACAAUUCGUGGACCAUAAGUUGUACAGUAGUGAUGAAGGGGAAAAAAAUGUCACCUCAUCCUCUAGCAACACUUCCGAUUAAUUUCCUGUCUAGAGGGGGAGGCUUGAUGACUAAGUGGGGUCGAAAUGAAUUAUUGUCAGUCAGUGUUCCACCUGCACAUCAAUCGCGAUGUAUGCUUACCACGCCGUAUUUGUUCUCCAGCUCUUCUUCUGCUUUACAGAGGCAACAGGCAGCAGCAUCGUGGGCGGAAAGGUGUCCGAGCCUCAUUCGAAAGCUUACAUGGCAUCGCUGCAGGUCAACAGAUCUCACCGUUGUGGUGGGAUACUCAUCAGAAAAGACUUUGUUCUGACUGCGGCCCAUUGCAAAUCUGAGAAAAUGACCGUCAUACUCGGAGCACACAACAUAAGCAAGCGUGAGAAAAGCCAACAACGGAUCAAGGUGGCCAAAUUCCAUCCUCAUCCACAAUACAAAGAUGAAGAGUUCAGCAAUGACAUUAUGCUACUUAAGUUGCAACAUAAUGCCCAACUGAACAAGUACGUCAAAGUAUUAGAACUGCCCAAGAAGAAGGAGAAUUUGCCGGCCAAAACAAAAUGUACUGUUGCUGGCUGGGGACAAACUGUAAACGGAAGUCAUAUGUCAGAUGUACUGAAGGAGACCACCGAGAAGAUAGAAUCCAACUCUAGGUGCAAACAUAUUUGGAAGGACUACUUUCAGACGGAAGUCAUGAUCUGCACCAAGCAUGGUCAGAAGGGCGGCUUUUGUUGGGGGGAUUCUGGAGGACCCCUAAUCUGCAAGAAAAAGCUUGAAGGAAUAGUAGCCUACGCUUACAAGCACAAUUGCACUAAUCCCAAGUAUCCGCAUGUCUUUACCAAAGUACACUCCUUCCUUCCUUGGAUUGAGAAAGUGAUGCAGGGGAAAACUACAGCAUGAGCCCGCUGUGUAUUCAGUCAAAUAUUGUUACUUGUUAUAUGGUUACUAGAUGGCAUGUUGACAUAACAGCUCUUAGUUCUUAGAAAAGAUGCCCAGCAGGUCAGAGAGCAUCCAUAGCUUGUUUUUUUGUAUAAUCUAUAGUUUGUAUAAUCUAUAGUCAAUCUUGCAAAAACAUAACAGGGCAUGUCUUGAUUGCGCUUUGCUUAUAUGAUUUGUCACUUUCUUACACUUGUUGAAAAUUGGAUUUUUCGAUCUGGCAUGAUUUUAAAUCAUUAAAAUAAAUAUGCAUUAUAAAGACAA